AUGCGAAUUGGUUUCGAAACCCGGGACAGGAAGCAUGGCUGGGAAGAGGCACAGCAGGAAGCGCCUGAGGCUCACCUGGGUCGGCGCAACGACACACAAGCUUCCAUCUCGAAUCUUACAGCGAUGACAGUCAUCCAGGCUACCCAUGUGAAGGUCGAUGAUAUGGAUCGCCGUCUGGACGCCUGGAAGGAGAAGUCUAUUCAAUAG